AUGGGCAACCGCAGCGCGGCGGACGCGGGCGGGCUGGCGGGACGCGCGCCCGGGCUGGGGCCCGGGGGCGCGGCGGCGCUGGCGGGGGGCGUGCUGCUCAUCGGCGCCGUGCUGGCGGGGAACUCGCUGGUGUGCGCCAGUGUGGCGGUCGAGCGCGCCUUGCAGACGCCCACCAACUACUUCAUCGUGAGCCUGGCGGCCGCCGACCUGCUGCUCGCCCUGCUGGUGCUGCCGCUCUUCGUGUAUUCCGAGGUGCAGGGCGGCGCGUGGCUGUUGAGCCCCCGGUUGUGCGACGUACUCAUGGCCAUGGACGUCAUGCUGUGCACCGCCUCCAUCUUCAACCUAUGUGCCAUCAGCGUGGACAGGUUCGUGGCCGUGGCCUUGCCGCUGCAUUAUAACAGCCAGGGCGGAGCCCGGCGCCCGCUGGUGCUCAUCGGCGCCACGUGGCUGCUGUCGGCCGCGGUGGCCGCGCCGGUGCUGUGCGGCCUCAACGACGUGCGCGGCCGCGACCCUGCCGUGUGCCGUCUGGAGGACAGCGACUACGUGGUCUAUUCGUCCGUGUGCUCCUUCUUCUUGCCCUGCCCGCUCAUGCUGCUGCUCUAUUGGGCCACGUUCCGGGGCCUGCGUCGCUGGGAGGAGGCCCGGCGCGCCAAGCUGCACGGCCGCACGCCCCGCCGGCCCAGCGGCCCCGGCCCGCCCGCGUCCAGCCUCCCCGAGGGCCCCUGCUGCCCCGACUGCGCGCCCCCCGACGGCGGCGCCGCGGCCCCAGCCCCCGAGCCGCCGCCCCCGCCGCAGACGCGCGGGAGGAGGCGCGCCAAGAUCCCCGGCCGCGAGCGCAAAGCCAUGAGAGUCCUGCCGGUGGUGGUCGGGGCCUUCCUGGUGUGUUGGACGCCCUUCUUCGUGGUGCACAUCACGCGAGCGCUGUGUCCUGCCUGCCCCGUGCCCCCGCGGCUGGUCAGUGCCGUCACCUGGCUGGGUUACGUCAACAGCGCCCUCAACCCGCUCAUCUACACCGUCUUCAACGCCGAGUUUCGGGGCGUCUUUCGCCGGGCGCUGCGCCCCUGCUGCUGA